CUAUAUCUAUAAAUAUAUACACAUGGGUACUGCAAGAGGAAGAAGAGAGGACAUAUUACGAGUAAGAAAUUGAAGCCAGAGAAAUCCUGAGUGUUGGAACUGAAGAGGAGGAAUUCCGGAGCUCUCAAUUAAGCAAUACAUAUAUGGAAAAAAGAUAAAUUGCAAUUGCUAGCGGAUUAUCCAGUUGUGAUGGAAAGCAUAGCCGGCUCCGUAGCUAGUGAAUUCACUGGAAAAGAACCAAAAUGCGAGUUAGCCAUUGACAUAUCACAAAUCAAUGAACCUGCAAAGUGGCCUGAGUGCUGCAUCUACAAAGUUCCCCACAAGCUUCGUAAGGUAAACGAAGAAGCCUACAUUCCUAAGCUAGUUUCAAUUGGCCCAUUUCAUCACACCCUACAACAAUUGACGGGCAUAAAACAGCAAAAAUUGAUAUAUUUUAAGGAAUUCUGUUUGCGGACUAAGAAGAGCCCAAAGGAUCUUGAGAGCAUCAUUGAAAAAGAAGAAAAACAAAUCCGCCAUUACUAUUCAGAGACCUUUCCUCAACUCGACGGAAAAGAGUUUGUGAAAAUAAUUCUAUUUGAUGCUAUCUUUAUCAUAGAGCUCUUCCUCAGGAAUUCUGAAAGCAAAAAAAAUGAUUAUAUAUUAAGUAAUGCGUGGCUAGAAUCACACAUAAAGCAGGACUUGAUAUUAUUGGAGAAUCAGCUUCCAUUUAAGUUUCUCAGAAAGUUAUACAAAUUUGCCAUCAAGGAAGAAAAAAUUAUAAUUACUCCAUUUCUUGAGCUUGCCUGUAAGUUCUUCUUCUCUGGUAAGCACCAAAUAGUCAAGGCCAAGAAAGUAAAACAUUUCACUGAUUUGCAGAGAACGUUUUACUGUCCUACGGAUUCAAAACCUAAUCCGAAAGAACAUACAGAACAUCUAAGAUAUACAGCCACAAAGCUUGACGAGGCAGGAUUGCAGUUCAAACCAUUAGUUGACAUAGAUUUGAGUAAGAAAUCCAUGCUUGACAUAAAAUUCUCUAAGGCUAAAUGCUUGGAAAGCUAUCCAUGCUUCAAUCUCUCAUGGCUCUUCUCUUGCUUACCAUGCUUGAAAUCCUAUUGCUGCUUUAAGAGUGUGCAGUGUUUUUUGAAAGUCCCACAACUUGUGAUAGAUGACCAAACUGAACCUCUUUUCCGAAACCUCAUGGCUCUGGAGCAGUGUCAUUAUCCAUCUGACACGUACAUCUGCAAUUAUGUUUUGUUGUGGGAUUGUCUUAUCACCACUAAAAAAGAUGUGUGUUUGCUCGUUGAUAAAAAGGUGAUUGUCAAUAGGCGCGGUAGCAGCAAAGCAGUGACUACUCUGAUCAACACACUUGGCCAUCAAAUUAUUGAAAGUGAAUCAUAUUACCACGAUCUCUACAAACAGCUUAAUGAGCAUUGUGAUAACUCUUGGAACCGUCUCGUGGCAUCCCUAACAAGUGUAUACUUCCGCGAUUUUUGGAGAGGCACUGCAACUAUUGCUGGAAUUUUUGUCCUUGGUUUUACUUUCGGGAACUUCCUUAGGCCUUUUGUCAUGAAGCAUUGAAACAUUUGUGAUUUUGUGUUUGUUAGAGUGCUUUGCUUUUAGUUCUACUAGAUUGCAUUUCAAUUUUGUAAUUAUUUUCAGCUUGUGAUAUGUUCUGUUAUUAGCACUAUGUCCUGAUGGAGUAUGUAUUUUAGAGAUUAGAAUUCUAUUCUCAGUUAUUAGCAUUAUAUCCUAUGAGAUAUCCUAAUGUCUUGUUCUUGUAUUGCCCGUUAUAUUAUUAGUUAAAUUAUUAAAUUCAUAA